ACAGUACAUUUAUAUAAUUGAUCCAAACAUCUUGGAUAAAUGCUGGAUACCAACUUGUGGCUAUAAAUUUCCCCUUCGAAAUCCACUAUCUACUUCCCUCCUCAGUCCUCACAUCCAUUCAUAUUUUUGCUAUCCUUUCUCUAAUCUUUUGCUUUCCCUAAUCCAUCCAUUACGUUUGGAUCCAUAAUCAAAACACUAAUCUCCUCCUAAUCCAGCUGCUAAACACUUAGCCUACAUGGAGCUUCUUCUUCAACUCCCAGCUACCAUUGAUCCCUCCUCCUGCUACACAGCCGUCCUCAUCGUCCUCACAUCCUUGCUCGCCCUCUUCAUCUUCUCCAGAUCAUCUUCAACCAGCAACAAGCUCCGCCGGAAAAGUAGACUCGUCCUCCCUCCGUCGCCGCCGGUGAAGCUGCCCCUGAUCGGCCACAUGCACCACCUCGCCAGCAACCCCUUGCCACACCGCGCCCUCAGGGACCUGGCCCAGCAACACGGGCCCGCGAUCAUGCACCUCCAGCUGGGCCAGGUCCAGACCAUCGUCGUCUCCUCGGCCCAAAUCGCGGAGGCCAUCCUGAAGACGCAUGACGUCAACUUCGCCCAGCGGCCUCCCGUGCAUUCGGCCGACAUCCUCGCCUACGGCAGCACCGACAUCGUUUUCGCGCCAUACGGCGACUAUUGGCGCCAGCUGCGCAGGAUAUGCACCAUCGAGCUCUUCAGCGCGAAGAUGAUCAAGUCGUUCAGUUCCAUCCGGGAGGACGAGGUUUCGAAGCUGGUCGCCGCCGUAUCGACCUCCUCGGCGGCGGCGGGAAUUGACUUGACCGCCAUGUUUUCUAAGUUGACUUACAGCGUCCUGUCGAGGGCCGCGUUUGGGGAGGUGCGAGAAGGCAGUGAGGCUUUCUUGCCGUUGAUCGAUGAGAUUAUUAGGGUGGCGUCGGGGUUCAACAUAGCGGAUUUCUAUCCUUCGUUUAAGUUCCUUCAGGUUCUCACUGGUGUGGAGUCGAAGUUGAACGUGCUCCAUGAGAAGGCGGAUAAGGUGCUCGAAUCCAUAAUAGCUGAUCACCGAGUGAAGAAGGGUGGUAAGAGGUCGGGAGAAGAAGAGGAGAGUGGGGAUCUUUUGGAUGUGCUUCUGAGGCAUCAUGAGGGUGAAAACAAUUUGGGAUUCUCUUUGACAACCGACAAUAUCAAGGCCGUCCUCGUGGACCUAUUCGUUGCCGGCACCGAAACAACGGCUACAAGUCUAGACUGGAUCAUGUCGGAGCUAAUGAGAAACCCACGAGUGAUGCAAAAGGCACAAGCCGAAGCAAGGCGGGUGUUCGAACCCCAAGGCAAGGUGGACGAAUCAAGGCUUGAAGAACUCACGUACCUAAAAAUGGUCAUCCGAGAAAACAUGAGACUCCACCCUCCGGUCGCCGUGCUGCUUCCGAGGACGGGCGCCCAAGACUGCGAGAUCGGCGGCUACCACGUACCGGCCGGUGCCAGCAUCAUGGUGAAUGCAUGGGCGAUCGGAAGGAACCCCGAGUACUGGACGGACCCCGAGACGUUCUGGCCGGAGAGGUUCCUCGAGAGCUCGGUCGAUUACAAGGGGGCUCAUUUUCAGUUGCUUCCGUUUGGUGCUGGAAGGAGGAUCUGUCCUGGAAUGUCGUUCGCUUCGGCUAAUCUUGAGCUGCCGCUGGCACGAUUGCUUUAUGAUUUCGACUGGAAGCUUCCGAACGGACAGGAACCUGAGUGCAUCGACAUGACCGAAAUGUUUGGCGCGACGGUCAGGAGGAAAAACAGUCUUUUCUUGGUUCCUGUCGUUGCCUCGUCACUCAAUGGAAAGUGAUGGAUUGCUAUCUUCUCUGAAAAUACAUAUCAGUAUAAGCAAUGUGUAGUAUGUUAUUCGGUUGUUUCUGUGUAGCAUAUUUUGUACCAGAUAAUUUCACUCAUUUUGUUGUCCCUUUCUUUGAAAAUAAAGUUGAUGUAUGGAUAGUAGGCAAUUUGGGUAUUUUUGAUGCAUG